AAGCAAGAUCCACUAUGUUUGAAGCACGUUAGACAAAUUCGUAGUCGAGCGACGCGGGCAUCGUCGCCUCGCGCAUUCCACCUUUACUUUCAUCCCCCUUGUGACUCUUAUUCUGUUCGUGAAGACACAUACGAACAAUAUACAAAAAUACGGAAUACGAAAAGUUUUUGUGACUUGAUUUUGUUUUGAGUUCUGGUUUUUGAUCCGGAAAUAUGAAGUUCAUGGGGAGAUGGCCUACCCUGGCCGCAACCAUAUUUGCUACAGCCCUCCUGCUGCCUUCCAGUCGCGCAGAGGCCCCACUACCUUCAAACUACCUUCCACCUUCAACGAGCUACGGAACCCCAAACCUUGGAAGCAGUAGUUUUGGAGGCAGCAGUAGCAGCAGCUUUGGAGGUGGAGCACCAUCUGGAAGUGGUGGGUUCGGAGGUGGAUUUGGGGGAGCACCAUCUUCCAGCUACGGAGCACCAUCAGCUGGUGGCGGAUUCGGAGGCGGAGCACCAUCUUCCAGCUACGGAGCACCGACGGCUAGUGGUGGAUUUGGAGGUGGUGCACCAUCUUCUAGCUACGGAGCACCGUCAGCUGGUGGUGGAUUCGGAGGUGGAGCACCAUCUUCUAGCUAUGGAGCACCGUCGGCUGGUGGUGGAUUCGGAAGUGGAGCACCAUCAUCUAGCUAUGGACCUCCCUCGUCCGGCGGUGGAUUUGGAGGUGGAAUACCUUCUAGGCCUUCAUCCAGCUACGGACCACCAUCAUCUGGUGGUGGAUUCGGAGGCGCAGCACCAUCCAGACCUUCCAACAGCUAUGGUCCACCACCUUCCAGACCAUCCAACAGUUAUGGACCUCCACCAUCCAGGCCUUCCAACAGCUACGGACCACCACCAUCUACUCCUUCCAACAGCUAUGGACCACCACCAUCCAGACCUUCCAACAGUUACGGUCCACCACCAUCCAGGCCAUCAAACAGCUUUGGACCACCACCAUCUAGACCAUCCAACAACUACGGACCACCACCAUCUACUCCUUCCAAUAAUUAUGGACCACCACCAUCCAGACCCUCAAACAAUUAUGGACCACCACCAUCCAGGCCAUCAAAUAGUUAUGGACCACCACCAUCUACUCCUUCCAAUAAUUAUGGACCACCACCAUCCAGACCCUCGAACAAUUAUGGACCACCACCUUCUAGGCCAUCCUCUAGUUAUGGGACACCUUCAGUAGGAGGUAGUGGAUUCGGUGGUGGAGCUUCCUCAGGGGGAAGCAGUGGAUUUGGAGGCAGUGGAUUCGGAGGUGGAGCUCCUUCCUCAAGCUAUGGACCACCUUCUUCCAUUCCUUCUUCACCACCUUCUUCCAGCUAUGGACCACCAGCCUCGGCACCAUCUCCCAGUUAUGGUGCACCUUCCUCGGGAAGUGGAUUCGGUGGCGGAAGUGCAGGUGGAUUCGGAGGUGGAAGUGGGGGUGGAUUCGGAGGUGGAAGUGGAAGACCAUCGUCGAAUUAUGGAGCACCCAGUGCCGGUGGAAGUGGAAUCGGAGGAGGCUCCGGUGGUUAUUCCAGCGGUCGUCCAUCCUCUAAUUAUGGUGCCCCCAGUGCAGGUGGAAGCAGUGGAGGUCAGGGCUAUGCUAGCAACGGAGGUUACCAAUAUUAAUCGCGUUCCUCAUAUCCCCUUCUCGUAAGAGAAUGUAGAUCUCGCCAAGCUAGAUUCAUUUAAUUCUGUUCAAACGAACAAUAAGAAUCAAUCCAACCCUCCGACGAUGUUUAUCACUGCCACUGAAAAAUCCGCUGAUUAUCAGAAUACAUCCGAAGUUUUAAAGAUUCACUUAAUUUGGGUCGAGACAAAUAACGAGGUCUGGAAUGCGUAAGAUAAAUAACGUUGUUCAACCAUCUAAUAUAUAAGAUGACCACAAGAAAGUAAAACCAAUCAGAAUCUUAUCAGAAACGUUUUUCAAGAUCCUGACAUUACUUGAUUAUGUCUCCGAGUCGCAAAGAAAAAAAACUACUGACGAACACGAGAGUGGUUUUCAAAUGGGAAAAAGUAAAAGCUUUUUUCUCCAGAGCUUGUAAUUUAUUUAUUUUGUAAAAAACGCCUUUUGUACUAAUAAAGCUUUUAUGCUAAAAAAAUAA